AUGGAGGGGUGGGUGCGUCAUGCGGCCGACAUCGAGAAUCGCAGGCAACUCCUGCAGAUUUCCAAGCAACGCACUGCGGGUUUAGGGCAUUUCGCCACCCAUUGUCCUUCCCGAGCCAAGAGACCAAGUCCUUCCCAGCCCACAGUCGGAGACACCGAGAGAGCACUCACCGAAGUUUCGUCCUGUCACCGGAGCGGCUUGCCAGGAAGGCGGAGUACACCCUCAGCACUGCAGGCACAGCUCGACUGGGACCAACCAAAAGCAACCGGCCCAUCGGAGUCGCGGAUUACAAAUUCUGAUUCCCUCUCCUCGAGAAAAGACAAUUCCUUGGCAGAUGCCUUGUCUUGCCUGCCCCAAUACCGUGGGCAAGUCGACUGUCCCGUGGACUCCCUCUUCACCCUGGAGCAGCGGGGGGAGGUGUCAGGGCUGGCCGUGACAACCCGGGCUCAAAGCCGGGCAAAGGAUUCCAUCGCAUCCAGUAAGCUCCCCGAGGUUUUCAGAGUUACUGCAGAUCACAUCAUCUUCCAUGAUGCAGCAACAUCAAAUGAUGUGAAUGAUGAAUGUCUCUGCAGUGUGGAGCUCCCUGACACUGCCUUUCCUGCACAUAUGGUUGUUUUCCUGCAAGAUGCCUAUGGAAAUUUAACCUUUGAUAUUGAGAAUGAGGAAGAAAAGAUUACAACAAUCCAUUUUAGAAUUGUAGAAUUUCAGGAAAAACUGGGAAACUUGUCUGAUUUAAUAACUAAGGUCGAAAGGAAAGGCUUUAAGGAAGACGCAGACUAUCAGAAAGUUCAAGACGCUAUUGAUGAGUUGGACAAAAUUGGCAAAGACCUGAGUACCAUUCUGAAUAUAACUGAUGUGGGGGUUGAAGAUUUGCUCAACCAGGUCAACAAUGUCUCCAGCAUGGUGUGGCAGUUGGAAACUUUUGAUUCAAACAAUGUGUUGGCAACACUAAGGGAAAUUGACACACUCCGAAAACAACUGGCUGAUUGUGAAGAAGCAGCUGGGAAUCCCAAUUUUGGCCUACCUCCUGCUGGCCUCACACGCCCUGAGAUUGGAAGCUGUGAUAACAAAGUGUUGUUGAAUAUUAGCAAGCCAUUCAUAGUGAAACUCAACUGGCGAGGGUUCAGUUACAAAUAUGGUGGUUGGGGCAAGGACUUUGCCUUGGGGACCAAGAAUCCAGGCACAUAUUGGGUUGCUCCACUCAACACAGAUGAACGUUUAAUGGAGACCUAUCGCAUUUACAGCACUUAUCAUGACCUACUGUUAUACAAAAACCAAGUGGAAAGAAGCCUUUCCCAAAGCAUUGGGCUCACCUGGAACUAUAUCAACUGUGGACAGGGGAGUGGGAUGAUCUUGUACAACAACAGCUUCUAUUACAACUGCUACAACUCCAGGAACCUGUGCAAGCAAGAUCUGGCAAACAAUCACAUUAAACGUAGCAAAGUGGACAAUGCUGUUUUCAACAACUGGUACUCCUACAGUGGUGUCAAUUGGCAGGACUUUGAUUUUGCUGGUGAUGAGAAGGGCCUGUGGGUAACUUACUCCACAGAGAAGAGCCAGGGGAAUUUAAUCAUUGCGAAAUUAAAUCCUAAGACUCUGAAGAUAACGAAGACUUGGCAAACUUCACUGAAAAAGCCUGAAGUGACCAACACGUUCAUGAUCUGUGGGGCAUUGUAUGCCCUCAAGCGAGUGAGUGCACAUAAGGAGUUAAUAUUUUAUAUGUAUGACACCAAUACAGACAAAGAAAGCAUGUUAGAAAUUACAAUGGAGAAACUUGCAGAUGUAGCACAAAGUGUGAGCUACAACCCCAAUGAUCAAAAGAUAUACAUGUACAACAGUGGCUACCUGGUUACUUACGACUUGAUGUUCAACUAUCAGCUCCCAAAAACAACGCGCAGGGAAAGGGCUCUUCUUGUAGCUAGUGGAGGCAGCUGA